ACGUGGCAUCUCAGAUUCUCAGUACUGGAGAAUUCAGUCACAAACAAGUGAUAUUAGCUUUUUGCCCUCAAGAAAUGGCGGUGCAAGUCUCAAAACUCCUCCCUGAACUGCUCGCAAUUUCGGAAAAAAAAAAAUCCACUCGCAAAAACCAUAAACCCCUAAACCCUCCCUUGUUUUUCACUUUCAUUUCAUAGCUUCGUCUCUCUGUGCCUAUGUUUCAGAAGAUAAUCUCCUCUCACUGAAUUGGAUUCAAGAAAUGGAAGAAGACGCAGGACAGCCAAAGAGAGAGCUUUAUGCGGUGCUGCAAGUGUCGCCGGAGGCCACCGAUGAAGAAAUUAGAAAGGCUUAUCGCCACUGGGCCCAAGUCUACCACCCUGACAAAUACCAAGACCUCCAUAUGAAGGAAAUAGCUACACAGAACUUUCAACGGGUAUGUGAAGCAUAUGAAGUAUUAUCAGAUGAGAGUAAAAGGCAAAUAUAUGACGUAUAUGGUAUGGAAGGAUUAACCUCUGGUUUGGAACUUGGUCCAAAGCUGAACAAACCAGAGGAGUUAAAGGAAGAACUUGAAAGGUUGAGACGGAGGAAAGAGCACCAAAAGAUGGUAGCACAUUUCCGACCGUCUGGUACAAUAUUGGCCCACUUAUCCUUGCCACAGUUUCUGGAUGGUGAUGGCAUAAUGAGAGGAAUGGCUAUGUCCAGUGAAGUUCAUUUCCAAUUAUCAAAACGUAAUACUAUUGCUAUUGGUGGAAAUUUGGAAGUUCAAGAAAGUUCUGGUGGUGCAGCCGCUAGUGCUGUGCUUAAGCAUCAGCUUUCUUCAGUUUCGUCCAUAGAAUUUAUGGCCUCAGCUGGUUUGCGGGCACUUGUUGGAGUACAAACUACACGUCACUUAUCUUUACACUCAACGGCAACAAUUACCAUUGCAAAGUCUUUGAGAGAUGGUUCAAUCAAUCUUUCUAAUACUUGGACCCGACAACUAUCUGAAACAGCAAAUGGAAAUGUUCAGCUUUUUUUAGGUCCAGAAUCAUCUAUAACAGUUGGAUGGCAGAAGAAGGAUGAAAAGAUGUCUGCUGCUGGAGAGUUGAAGAUCGGUACCACUUCUUUCGGAGCAUCAGCUAAUUACACCCAUCGCUUUUCGUCAGUAUCUCAUGGUCGUAUUGCAGGCACAUUUGGGAGCACGGCUCUGGAGAUUGAAGUUGGUGGGGGAAGAAAAGUGUCCAACUUCAGCACUGUGAGGAUGCUGUAUACAAUAGGAAUUCAGGGUAUCUUUUGGAAAUUUGAAUUGCAUCGUGGUGGGCAAAAGUUCAUUAUUCCUAUAUUGCUUUCCAGGCAUUUGAAUUUGACUUUUGCAACUGGAGCAUUCCUAAUUCCUACAUCACUUUACUUUUUACUCAAGAAAUUUGUUGUCAAACCUUACUACCUUCAAAGAGAAAAGAGGAAAGCUUUGGAGAAUAAAGAGAUAACUUCUGCCCAGGUUCAAGAGGCAAGGGUAGCAGCAGAAAAGGCACAACAGUUAUUACAAGUUGUGGCCAAUAGGAAAAGAAAUAGGCAAGUGGAAACAAAUGGAUUGAUUAUUACUAAAGCAUUGUAUGGAAGUCGAAAAGCUUUGAAGAAAGGAGGACUAACAGAAGUAAAUGAUGAAUUAGCUUUUGAAGUCAUUGAUGUUACAGUUCCUCUGAAUUUCCUGGUUAAUGAUUCUGGACAAUUGAAGCUUCACGAGGGUGUUAAAAAAUCGGGUAUUAUGGGAUUCUGUGAUCCUUGUCCUGGAGAACCUAAGGAAUUAUAUGUAGAGUACACAUGUGGUGGCCAAAUAUUUGAGGUAACGGUGGAUGAUUACGCAGAGUUGUUAAUACCUCAAGAAUCUCAUAGGGUAUAAUUUUCACCCACUUUUGCUUUAUUUUAACGCUGGUUACCUCUUGCGAUUUUUUGACAUGCCCCUUGAGGUAAAUACGACAUAGAUGAUGACUCUACUUUUUUGUUUGGAAUUACAUCUCAAAAUAAGGGAAAAAUUAUUGGUUAUGACAAAAUGUUAGACCACUAAAAAUUUGAUAGGUAGAUAAAUAAUACAGUCAAAUAAAAAAAGUUAUUUGGUAGUUUUUUUUUAGGUUUUUCUUUUUUCUUUUUAUUUUUUAAAUUUUUAUUGAGUUUUCUUUUCAUGUAAUAUCACCGUUUUUGUAUAAAAUUACUCCAAAUAAGGACAUUAAUUUAACCCUUUUCUUUCUGCUAUAAUUUUUCUAAUUAAAAUCUUUAUUUUUUUUU